UUAACGAAAUUUUAAAAGAAAAGAUUGAACGUAAAUAAUAUUUGUGUGCAAGAAUUGAAUGGUGAAUUCAUAGGAAUUGUGUUAUAAAGUAAAUAAAUAUGACGGCGGCAAUUAAAACGUUAUGGAAGCAAGCAUUAAAUACGUUUGAAGAACGGAGUAAUGUUGGAUUUAAGCUUUGUCAAAAGAACUUUGACAAAUUGCGGUACUUGAUGAACAAGAUUACAGCCGAAGAUGUAAAUUUAAAUAAACAGAUCCUUGAUUUUAUUCAAGUACAGCAUGCUCCGAUGUGGGUAAUUGAUAUAUUUGAAAAUAAAGACUUUGCUAUUUCAAUUUUUAUAUUGAAACAUGGAUUUACAAUGCCAAUACAUGAUCAUCCUGGAAUGUAUGGAUUUUUAAAGGUAAUCAGUGGUGUAGUCCAAGUAAACAAUUAUACUCUGAAGCCAAAUGAAGAUCAUACAAUCAGAUUAAACAAAGAAGUAAUGGCAUAUAGACAUAAACAAAUAUCAUUACACAGCAAUUCACCUGCUUGUACUCUUACACCAAAAGACAAAAAUUUACAUGAAAUUACGUGUAUUGAAGGACCCGCUGCAUUUUUGGAUAUACUUAGUCCUCCAUAUGAUGUAGAUGAUUCUGGAAAAGGUCCAAGACCAUGCACAUUUUUCAAAACUGUUAGUAGUUCCAAGCUAUGUACAGAUUCAGAUAUAGUGGAAGAAGUUAAAUUGGUGGUUAUUGAAGGUCCACCAGAUUUCUAUUCUGGAAGCCUUAAAUACACAGGACCACCUUUAAUGUGACCUGAAAUAUCAAAAAAUAUUUCUUGUUCUGUUUGUUAAAAAGUUUUGCAUUUUAUUGAAUUAAUUUACAUUUGUAAUUAUAUUAUAAACUUUUAAGAAUAUUUAAAUUCUAAUUGAAUGUAUAUUAUUGGUGUUUAUUUCUUGUACCUUUUUGCAGAUAUGUAAGUUUAUGAAGACAUAUAUAUUGUUUAGAUAAGCUCUAUAUAUAAAAGUGAUAUAAAAAUUUUAUAUUUUAUAACAUUAGUUUAUAUUGGUUAUAGUUUAUUUUUAUUUAUUACGGAUUUUGGACUGAAAUUGGAUAUAAUUUGUAAUCUGUAACUCUUUGCAUUUUUAUUGAUUUUUUGUAUACAAAAGUGUUAUCUGUAUAAAAAUCACGAAUGUGAAAUGAUUACAUUAUAUUUACUAUUUCGUUGAUACAUAGAAUAAGGAUGUAAACAAAGAAUGUAUUAUAAUACACUUUACAUGUAAUGCGUGAUAAACAAAGGCAUAUGAUAAUUAUUAAAUAAAAACAAAAAUUUUAAUUGUAUAAAAAAUA